AUGGAAUUUUUUCUUACCAAAAGUGCUAAAACCAGAACAAAUUUUGUAAAAAUCAUUCUUUUCAGUAUUUAUGCAUCUCUGGUUUUGACGUCUGUUGCACAACUUCUGCCUGAAGAAGAAGUACGAGUUCUUGAAACGAUAUCAUCGAGAUUACAGAACAAAUACUGGAAUGCUACGCAAAGAUCUUGCCGUGAUGGUACUGGUUUUAACAUGACCAUUUGGGGUAACGAUGUCUACAGCAAUGUGACCUGUGAUUGUUCCUUUGUUAACAACACCGUUUGCCAUGUUACACACAUCCAGAUGAAGGGUUUCAAUUUGACUGGAACCUUGCCUGCAGAAUUUGCAAAUCUUACUUAUCUGAAAGAGUUAGAUCUAACUCGCAAUUAUAUCAACGGAUCAAUUCCUCCGAGCUUUGGUCGGCUUCGUCUUACUAUUUUAUCACUUCUUGGAAACCGUAUUAGCGGCACGAUUCCGGAUGAAGUUGGCCGCAUCACCACUUUGGAAGAACUGAUUUUGGACGAUAAUCUGCUUGAAGGAAAUAUUCCACCAAAUCUGGGAAGUUUGAGCAAUUUGAGAAGACUCCUUCUUUCUGCAAAUAAUUUCACGGGGACGAUACCGGAGGAAUUCGGCAAUCUAAAGAACUUGACAGAUUUUAGGAUUGAUGGUAGCAGAUUAUCAGGAAAGGUACCUAAUUUCAUUGGCAACUGGACUAAACUUAGAAGGCUAGAUUUGCAAGGCACAUCAAUGGAGGGCCCUAUUCCUUCUAUUAUAUCCCAAUUGAAAAACUUGGAAGAGUUGAGGAUAUCUGAUUUGAGUGGACCAACCACGAGUUUCCCCAAUUUUCAGAACUUGACAGCCAUGGAGCGGUUGAUAUUACGAAAUUGCUCAAUUACUGGUCCGAUCUCAGAAGAUAUAGGAGACAUGGAGCAAUUAAAAGAAUUAGACCUGAGUUUCAACAUGUUGAAUGGUCAAAUACCAAAUAAUCUUCAGAGAUUGUUGGGAAUAGACUUCAUGUUUCUGUCUCAUAACUCAUUAACUGGAGAGGUACCUGGUUGGAUUUUGGACAGCAGAUAUAAAAUGGAUGUAUCCUACAACAACUUUACAGAGUCGCGAGCAACUGGCUGCCAGUUCUCCUCUGUGAACUUAAUUGCCAGUCAUUCAACUUCCUCCAGUGACUCAACAAUAUGGUGUUUGAAGAGGGACCUCCCGUGCCCCGGAAAAUCCCAAUAUUAUUCAUUCUUUAUAAAUUGCGGAGGAAGAAGGAUUACCUUUGGAGGAAAUGAAUAUGAAGAGAACUUAAGUGCGGAAGGUUCGUCAUACUUUGAGCCUCAUGAUAGAUGGGCUUAUAGCAGCACGGGGCUGUUCAUGGGGGACGAUAAUGCCCAAUUUGUUGCAACAAACAAUUCUUCUUUGACAAUGACUGGUGCAGAAUUUUAUCAAACAGCUCGCCUCUCCCCUUCUUCACUUAAGUAUUUUGGACUUUGCUUGCGCAGAGGUAGCUACAGAGUGCGUCUCCAUUUUGCGGAAAUAAUGUAUACCAAUGACUCCACCUUUAGCAGCCUUGGAAGGCGGAUAUUUGACGUGGCAAUCCAGGGGGAGGUUGUUUUGAUGGACUUUGAUAUCGUAAAGGAAGCUAAUGGCGUUAGGAAAGGUAUUUACAGGGAUUUUAAUGUCCAUGUCAAUGGAAGUACACUGGAGAUCCAUUUGUACUGGACAGGGAAGGGCACCACAGCCAUCCCCGACAGAGGGGUAUAUGGACCCUUGAUAUCUGCAAUAGCUGUGACACCAAACUUUGAUCCUGAUACGGGGGGGCUAUCUGCUGGAGCUAUUGCUGGGAUCGUAGUUUCUUCAUGUGUGGUUGGGAUUUUUAUUGUAGCUGCACUUUGGAUGAAAGGUUAUCUUGGAAGAAAAGAUGUUGAAGAUAAAGAACUUCGAGCCCUUGAUCUACAGACAGGUCACUUUACUCUGAGACAAAUCAAAUCUGCUACAAAUAACUUUGACCAUGUUAACAAGAUUGGAGAAGGAGGAUUUGGCCCUGUGUACAAGGGUGUACUGUCAGAUGGUACUAUUAUUGCCGUGAAACAACUGUCCUCCAAGUCGAAGCAAGGAAACCGCGAAUUUGUUAAUGAAAUAGGCAUGAUAUCUGCUCUACAACACCUCAACCUUGUCAGGCUCUAUGGAUGCUGUAUAGAAUCAAAUCAGUUGCUUCUUGUAUACGAAUAUCUGGAAAAUAAUUCUCUUGCUCGAGCACUUUUUGGUCGGGAGGAACAACGGUUGAACCUUAACUGGUCUACUAGAAAGAAAAUAUGCUUAGGAAUAGCUAAAGACUUUGGUUUGGCUAAGCUUGAUGAAGAAGAAAACACCCACAUCAGUACGAGAAUUGCUGGAACAAUAGGUUAUAUGGCUCCCGAAUAUGCGAUGAGGGGUUAUUUGACAGACAAAGCAGACGUCUACAGCUUUGGAGUAGUUGCUUUAGAAAUUGUCAGCGGCAAAAGUAACACCAAUUACAGACCAAAGGAGGAGUUUGUCUACCUUCUUGAUUGGGCUUAUGUCCUACAAGAGCAAGGUAAUCUUUUAGACCUCGUGGACCCUAUUCUCGGUUCAAACUAUUCUGAAGAAGAGGCAAUGCGGAUGUUAAAUUUGGCACUGUUGUGCACAAAUCCAUCUCCUUCACUUAGGCCGUCCAUGUCCUCCGUGGUGCGCAUGCUCGAAGGCAAAAUCCCAGUCCAAGCACCAAAAAUUAUGCAUCGUACACCAAGCGAGGAGAUUAGAUUUAAAGCCUUUGAGAAACUCUCACAAGACAGUCAAACACAUGUAUCGACAUACUCACAGGAUACUGAGGAUAGUAAGGAGCAAAAGAGUAUUUCGAGAGGUGGACCAUGGAUUGAUUCGUCGAUCUCUUCUUUAAGUAAAGAUGAAACUCAGGAUCAUUCUGCAGCAAGUAGGCUUCUUCCUGAUCUUUAUGAUGUAAAUUUAGAUUGA